AUGGGUGGACAUCGACGGGAUCAGAGUGAUAGCCAUGUUCCGUUACGGCCCUCAGCAGAUUUUGGAAUAGAAGGCACUGAACUUCAAGUACGACUUGAUACGUCCCAACACUCUCUUGCCUCACCCACAUGCAAUGGGAUCUCCAUCAAUAUCGACCCAGCUGAUCCCGAGCCGACGUGCAUCAGCCCAAAACUUGUUAGUUCAAGUCUUCGCUUUUAA